AUGGAUGCGACGGCGACGAAGCUCGUCGACGCAAGCAGCAGGAAGGUCGAUGGCACCAACGACAGCAUGCUCGGCUCCUUCAAUAGCGGUCAAUGGUCGGCGCUGCUGGCCUCGGUCGUUGUGACCGAAGACCGCGUCCGCGCCGGCGACCCCAACGACGAGACGAUGCAUGCGAAGAAGAAGCUGCCAUCGGUCAUCUACGAGACGCCGACGCGUGGCAUCAGCAACGCCCGGCGCGAGAUCUCGCACGCGUCGCUCGGGCGCCUCGUGGCCAAGCUCACGGACGCGCAUCAUUACGACACCGAGUUCCGCGACGGCUUUCUCCUCACGUACCGCUGCCACUCGACCGCAUACGAGUUUGUCAAGAAGCUCAUCAAGCGCUACAAGGCUGCGAUGAAGCUCAUGAACCCGUCGUCGAUCGAGUGCGACCCGACCAACGCCGAUGAAGAGCGCUUCUCGAUUCCGUCCAACGAGGCCAUUGACGUCAACACCCAGGCCGAAGCCAACAUCUCGAUCAUGCGUGCGAUGAGCGUGCUCAAAUUCUGGAUCCGCGAGUCGGGCUACAUUGAAGCCGACUUGUCGGACGACCGCAAGGCGCAGAAAAAGCUCUUCUUGUUCCUCGAAGACAUUCGAAAGACGUCGCCGAUUCCAUCGAUCGUGCGCCAUGCCGAGACCAUGCUCCACGUUGUCGGCAAGAUCCUAAAGGCGUCGACUAUGUUGCGACAGCAGCUCAAGCACCACGAGACGCCACAGCAAGGCUCUCGGCCAUACGAUAUGCCGUCGCCCUUGGACCUCGGCAACGAAGACGAUGGCGUGUCCAUGGCCGUUGACGCGCUCUCGCGGUCGGCCCCGGCGCCCGCAUCGACCUCGGGCGCACCGAUGCUCACGCGUAGCUCGUCCGACUCGACAAAAGAGCCAUCGACCAAGGUCCCGACGCUGGCACGGGGCAUGACAACUGGCAGCUCGCAGUAUGGCGUCGAUGCGGCCAUGCUGCUCUCGAGCGCAAGCAGCCACAGCAGCUCGUUCGGUCCCCUCACACGGUCGCAGUCGGACAGCACGAGAGAGAAAGGCAAGUAUAUGAGCGUCUCGCGGUCCGAGCCGUUGAGUGGCAUCUCGGCGCAAGAAGCCGCGGAGCAGCUCACGCUCCUGGAGGAGUACCGGUACCUCAAGAUCCAGCCGCGUGAGCUCACCAAUAAGAACUGGACGAGCGCCAACAAGCACAUGGAUUCGCCCAACGUGCUUGCCUUGAUCGAGCUUUUCGAUGCGCGUGCAGGGUGGGUCUCGAGUGAAAUCUUGCACCCGAAACUGCAAGCCAAGCAGCGCGCCAAGAUGAUCGCGUACUUUAUUGAUGUCGCCGAGGCGUGCCACCAACUGCACAACUUCAACACGCUCUUCGAAGUCAUCACGGGCUUGAAAGCACCCUGCAUCCAGCAGCUCAAGACGACGUGGGACCUCCUUCCGCAAGCUCAAAACGAUCGGUUCGAGUGCCUCAAAAACAUUUGCGCCCAAGACAACAACUACGCCACGUACCGUCAGGCGUUCGCGCUGGCCGAAGAGUCGAUGCCAACGAUCGAGCAUGGACUCAUCUGUUUCCAAAAGUUUCGCAAGAUCCACCGCGCGAUCGUCGAUGCCCUUAGCUGUCAAAACGUACGGUACACGUCGACGACGACGGUCGGCCGCCGGCGCAAAGCGCUCGUGCCCGAGAAAAACCAGCAAAUGAUGCUUCGGCACCGACUGGAAACCAUCCGGAAGCCCAGCGCCGAGCUCUUUCGACUCGCGAAGAACGCCAACCGCCAAGAAAAUGUCCUAUUUGUCAAUAGCCUCGCGGACGCUGGCUUUAUGUAA